AUGAGGAAGGAUGCAGUUUUUGAUUGGGACCAGUCAUGCCAAAAUGCAUUUGAUAGCAUAAAGAAGUAUCUACUUAACCCUCCAAUCUUAAGUGCGCCUGCAGUUGGAAAACCAUUAAUAUUGUAUAUCGCAGCUCAAGAGACUCCGCUCGGGGUAUUACUUGCACAAGAAAAUGAUAAGGAUAAGGAAUGUGCACUCUACUAUCUAAGUAGAACUCUGACAGGAGCUGAAUUAAAUUAUUCUCCAAUUGAGAAAAUGUGUCUCGUCCUCUUCUUUGCAAUAGAUAAACUGAGACAUUAUAUGCAAGCCUUCACUAUACAUUUGGUGGCAAAAGCUGAUCCUGUCAAAUAUAUCUUAUCAAGGCCAGUCAUCUCGGGAUGCCUCGCGAAGUGGGCUAUUAUACUCCAACAAUAUGAUAUUGUAUAUAUCCCCCAAAAAGCAGUAAAGGGCCAAGCAUUGGCAGAUUUCCUGGCUGAUCAUCCAGUUCCAUCAAAUUGGAAAUUAUGUGACGACUUACUUGAUGAGGAACUCACACUCUGUGAGUUGUGUUCAAAUAAUGUUGCCGAGUACCAAGCCCUUAUUAUCGGCCUCCAAAUGGGUUCAGAAUUUGGGAUAAAGUGCAUAGAAAUAUUCGGCGAUUCGAAGUUAAUCAUAAAUCAGCUCUCUUAUCAGUACGAGGUAAAGCAUCAAGACUUGAAGCCUUACUUUAGUUAUGCUAGAAGAUUGAUGGACAGAUUCGACUCCAUAAUAUUGGAGCAUAUACCGAGAUCAGAAAAUAAGAAAACUGAUGCACUUGCAAAUUUGGCCACUGCUUUAACAGUCUCGAAAGAUAUACCAAUAAACAUUUCCCUUUGCCAAAAAUGGAUUGUGCCUUCAAUUGAAAGUCAAUACGAAGAAGCUGAUGUGAUAUCUGUAUAUGCAAUUGAUGAAGAAGAUUGGCGCCAACCCAUUAUAGACUAUUUGAAGCAUGGAAAACUUCUCACCGAUCCUCAACAUAGAGCUGAAAUACGUAGAAGAGCUGCACGAUUUAUUUAUUACAAAGACACACUUUACAGACGCUCAUAUGAGGGACUUCUGCUGCGUUGCCUAGGAAAAGAGGAAUCGACAAAGGCCUUAGAGGAAGCUCAUUCAGGUAUUUGUGGUGCCCACCAGUCUGGUCCAAAGCUCCAAUAUCGGUUGAAAAGAAUGGGUUACUACUGGCCUACCAUGAUCCACGAUUCGAUGCAUUUUGCGAAAUAUGGUAUUCCUCAUCGUAUCGUAACUGAUAAUGGAAGACAAUUCGCUAACACUUUGAUGGACAAGCUAUGUGAAAAAUUUAACUUCAAACAAUACAAGCCUUAUAUGUACAAUGCUGCAGCAAAUGGAUUGACAGAAGCAUUCAACAAAACUUUGUGCAGUGUUACACCUCAUUCCUUAAGAAUGGCGAUUCAAGAAGGGCUAACUACUGAAGACAAUGCUAGAUUACGCCUUCAAGAGUUAGAAGCACUUGACGAAAAGAGACUGGAAGCUCAAUAA